AUGCAUCCCACGGAUUCCCAGCUUGGGAAUGUACCCGAAGACCCUUUCGCGCAACUUACGCUCGAUCCACUGGCAGAUGUCUCGUCAUUCGACGCUGACGUGGCGGUUCCGGAAGGAGCAGCGCCGCGUCCAGCAGGAAGGCGGUUGCUGUGCGAUCGCUGUCAGCGACCGUCGCGCGCGUGUCUGUGCCCUAGUUUACCCCCGAGUAGGUUAAAGACACGGACAAGAGUGAUAGUGGUACAGCACCCACACGAGGCCAAGAAGCGGCUUGCGACUGCUCCAAUCCUCGCGCUCACUCUAGAGUCCACACGCAUCAUAACGGGGCGAAGGUUCCUCGAAGGAUCUUCCGCUGAGCUGGACCGGGUGCUGAUCCCGCGCUGUGGGAACAGACUAGAUGCCACUUGGCAGGAUGGAAGAGGGGAAGGGGAAACGGAGGCAGUAAGGGGAGGGGAGGAAAACGGACAAUGCGAAAAGGAGGACCGAGAGAGGGGAAAUGGAUUCAAUGAUGGGAGUGAGCCUCUGAAGAGAGAAACUGCAGGGAUCGGGAGCGGAAAUGCGGAUUCGGGGCCCACAGGGGAUGGUGUGUGUGAAGCGAGGAUCUGCGGAGCAUCGGGCGCAGGGGACGGUGUGUGUGCGUGUGGACACGUGCGGCUGCUCAUGUUCCCGGGGGAGGGCGCGCUGCCAGUGGGCGACUGGUGGAGGUGGUAUCUGGCCCGGCGCCAAUUGGACGCGCAGCAUCCAGGGGAACGUGGAGUGGAGCAGCAUGGGGUGGAGCAGCAUGGGGAGGAGAGGCAUGGGGUGGAGAAGCAUGGGGUGGAGCAGCAUGGGGUGGAGCAGCAUGGGGUGGAGCAGCAUGGGGUGGAGCAGCAUGGGGUGGAGCAGCAUGGGGUGGAGCAGCAUGGGGUGGAGCAGCAUGGGGUGGAGCAGCAUGGGGUGGAGCAGCAUGGGGUGGAGCAGCAUGGGGUGGAGCAGCAUGGGGUGGAGCAGCAUGGGGUGGAGGGGCACUGGCGUGUGGGGAUGCAGCAGCAGGGCUGGUUGAAGGAGACGAUGUAUGGGGAGGCAGAGCCAGCAUGCGCGGCUGGGGAUAACAGAGUGGAGAGAGGGGAGAUGAUGAAGGCGAGUGGAAGCUUCCUCAGGCGCUACUGCUCGAUGGUGUGCCUACCCUUUGACCGAGCAUCCCCCGGCCCGCCGCCCGGCCACCUAGGCCUUGUGGGCAUGAUUGUUGUACAUGGGCAGGCUUUUCCCUGCCGUGGUGCUGCAGGGUCCUGUGUUGGGAUUGCAGGAGGUUUGAUCACGAAGGGCUUCGUCGAUGUGUUUUCUAUUGGCCUCUCCACCAUCAUUAUCUACGCUGGCGUCGUCCCAUUCUACGCUCAGACGUACAUCAACGGAGGCCCGGUGGCCCUUGUGUGGUACUGGUGGCUCACAGCUCUCUUCACUCACUGCGUCGCCCUCACCUUCGCGGAAGUCUCCUCCUCCUUCCCUAUCUCGGGGUCGCUCUACUUCUGGGCGGCAGCUCUCGCCGGCCCAAAGCACGGCCCCUUUGCCGCCUGGAUCACCGUGAGUGCCCGUUUCCCCAUCAGCACCGCUCAUUCCCACCCUCCCUUGGCCGCCUGGAUCACCGUGAGUGCCCCUCUCCACCGUAGUGCCCUUGACCCCCUCCCCCUCCUUGCCUGGAUCACCGUGAGUGCCCCUCUCCCCCGAAGUGCCCUUGACCCCCUCCCCCUCUUUGCCUGGAUCACCGUGAGCGUUCUCUCGACUUUAGUGCCCCUCAUUCACCCCCAUGGUUAUCCACCUCACCCAUUCAAACGCUUUUCCAAUCAAACCCUCACUUUCUCUUCUUUCUUCCUCACAACCCCUGCUCCCCUUCCUUUCCAUUCUCCCUCCUCUCCCCCUCCCCUUAACCCCAUGCACCCUCAGGGCUGGUUGGAGUUCUUUGGCAUAUCUGUGGGGCUGGGCGGCGUGGCCUUCGGGGGGGUGCAGCUGCUACAGUACACCAUCUAUGCUGCUACAGGGGGUGCUAAUAACGGGGGCUACUUUCUCAGCAACUACGAGUGCUUUGGGAUCACAGCGGGCGUGCUUAUAAUGGGGGGGCUGCUCACCUCGCUGCCGAUCAAAGCGAUUGGACGAAUCAACGUAUUCACUGCAGUCUGGCAGGUGCGAGGAUCAUUCCGUUCCCCCCAUCCCGUUCGUUCAAUCCUGUUCCCCCCAUCCCGAAUCAAUCCUGUUCCCACCAUCCCAAUGCCCCCAUCCCGUUCACCAAUCCGGUUCUCCCCAUCCCAUUCCCCCUAUCGCAUCCCCCCUCCCGUUCACCACCCCACCCGUUUCCCCCAUCGCAUUCCUCCCAUCUCCCCACCCCCGAACCCUCCCAUCGUGCUGCUGCCAUGUGUGGCAGUCACCGCUCAGCUUGCCCUCACUAUUAAGAUUCUCUCCUCUCCCCCCUUGCCUACCUCCCCUCCUCGUCCCCCUUCAACCCCCCUGUUUGCCCAGAUAGUGCUCACACUCGCGAUCAUCGUGUUGCUACCGUGUGUGGCUGUCACCAUUCGACCCACUCUCCUUCAUCGCAACCCACUGCUUUCGAGAUGUCUCACCCUUCCCCCUCUCCUCCAACCCCCCGGCCCUGCCCACCCUCUUGUAUGCCCAGAUAGUGCUCACACUCGUGAUCAUCGUGUUGCUACCGUGUGUUGCUGUCACCACUCGAUCCACUCCUUCAUCGCAACCCACUGCCUUCGAGAUGUCCCACCCUUCUCCCUCUCCUCCAACCCCCCGGCCCUGCCCACCCUCUUGUGUGCCCAGAUAGUGCUCACACUCGUGAUCAUCGUGUUGCUACCGUGUGUGGCUGUCACCACUCAGCCUGCGUCCUUUGUGUUCACUCAUUACCAUGCGCAGCUUGAUCAGAGCCAUCUACCCAAUGCGGUGAGCAGCGUCACCACUGUGCACCGCACUGCAUCGCAUUGGUUGGACCCCUAUGCACUGCGCUUUUGCUCUGCACCGCACCGCACCGCUCUGUCACCACCCGCCUCCUUGCUUUGCCUUCACGCACUACCAUGCGAGGACUGCUCUGCACCUCAUGGCAACGCACUGCAUCCAUAUGCUAGUUCGCACUGCACCGCACUGCACAGCUCUGUUUCUGCUUUCCUCUCCUCAACCUUGCCCUUCCCACAACCUCGCCCCACCCUUCACCCAUCCCCCCACCAGGCAUAUGCAUUCGUGGUGGCCCGGCAACUCUCCCUCUUUGGCUUUCAAAAUAUCUCCUUAUGCCCCCCUUCCCUUUCCUCCCCCCCACUCCCCCCACCAGGCAUACGCCUUGGUGGUGGCCCUGCAACUCUCCCUCAACGGCCGGCCACUGCAGCUACGACACUCCACGUGAUAUACGAGGCUGCUAUUGAGCCGUCUCAAAACCCUCCUCCCACCCUCCCCCACCAGGCAUACGCCUUUGUGGUGGCCCUGCAGCUCUCCCUCUACGGCCAGUACAGCUACGACACCGUCGCACACAUGGCAGAAGAGACGAAGCACGCCGACCGCACGAUCCCCCUGGCCAUGGUCUCAUCGCUCUCCUGCGUGUGCGUGCUGGGUUGGGGGCUGCUCGUGUCGCUCACCUUCUGCAUCGAGAAUGACGACCGGCUGCUGGGGGCAAACAACGAGACGAGGGGCGAGUACCCCGUGGUUCAGAUCAUAUGGGACGUGUUCUUCAGCCGUUACGGCAGCGGCACAGGGGCAAUCAUCAUUCUCUGCUGCAUGUCCCUCGCAUUCUUCCUUGGUGUUGUAGGCGGCCUCACGGGCGCAUCCCGGGCGGCCCGCUCCCUUGCUCUCAAGGGCGCUACAGGCGAUGGCCCGAUGGGCGUGGAUGGAUACGCGCGGGCUUAUAAAGCCUACCCCCUCUCGCGCAACUCCGGCCCUCCCUUCGCCUCCCUGUGGCGGCGGGCCUACUCCCUCUCGCGCGACUCUGGUCUCCCCUUUGCCUGGCGGCGGGUCAACCGCGACCGCACGCCCAUCUACGCUGUGUGGCUGUGCUGCGGCAUCUCCAUCCUCUUCUCCCUGCCUCUGCUCUUCCCCCUCUACCCGUCCCCACACCAGGCCUACUCCCUCUCGCGCGAUUCCGGCCUCCCCUUCGCCUCCCUGUGGCGGCGGGUCAACCGCGACCGCACGCCCAUCUACGCCGUGUGGCUCUGCUGCGGCAUCUCCAUCCUCUUCGCCCUGCCUCUCCUAGACGACUCCAGCACCUUCCAUUUCAUCACCUCCCUCGCCACCGUCACGUGGGUGGGCAGCUACUUGGUGCCCAUCUUCUUUCGCCUCGUUCAAAGAGAUGAGGAUUUCGAGCCGGGAGCAUUUAGCCUCGCGAACUACGUCGGUCACACAGGCAGGUCAGUGCCGCUUCUCACCGCCCUGCCUCUCCUAGACGACUCCAGCACCUUCCAUUUCAUCACCUCCCUCGCCACCGUCGCGUGGGUGGGAAGCUACUCUGUCCCCAUCUUCUUUCGGCUUAUCCAAAAAGACGAGGACUUUGAGCCGGGAGCGUUCAACCUUGCAAAUUAUGUCGGCCACACUGGCAGUCUCUAUCUCUUCCCUCAUCGUACCUACCCACCCACUCAAAUCCAGACUCCGGUAAUCAACCUCGCAUCACUCCUCUUUGUCAUCUACACCAUCGCCACCUUCCUCGUGACUCUAUCAUACAUAUACCCCCACACUCUCUCUCCCCUCCCCACUCAACCUCUCCCAAACCCAGGCGACUAA